UGAAUUUCUUCAAUCAGAAGUUUUCCUGCAAAGGGAGAGGGUUUUUUCCCCCAAGACUUUACUUGAAUUAAGAGGAAAAAGAGAUUUCAAUGAUUGCUGAAUAAACUCUACAUGCAUAUUUGAAGUGGUUGUAACUAACUCCAUAGCUGUAGCAUCUGCUUUGUGUGAUAAAAUGAUGGUUUUUGCUUGCAUUAAGAUGAUGCCCAUAUUUGGGCAGAAGCUUAUCUGAAGUGCUGGGUUGUAAUAAUAAGCAGCCAGCCAUUUUGUAAUGGUGUGCUUCAAGGUAUCGCUGUAGAAACACUUGCUCUGUGGUCAUUGGGAGAAACCUUGCCAAUACAGGGAGACCCUUAGAAGACAGUCAUGGAGAAAAUGGCAAGGGUGACCACUGCCCUUGGUGGCAAUACCAUCACUGGACGGACCAUGUUCUGCCACCUGGAUGCCCCUGCUAAUGCCAUUAGCGUGUGUCGUGAUGCUGCCCAGGUAGUGGUUGCUGGGCGCAACAUCUUUAAGAUCUACUCCAUAGAAGAAGAUCAGUUUGUGGAGAAGCUGAACUUGCGUGUGGGCCGCAAGCCAUCUCUGAACUUCAGCUGUGCCGAUGUGGUGUGGCACCAGAUGGAUGAGAACUUGCUGGCCACAGCAGCCACCAAUGGCGUCGUGGUGACCUGGAACCUUGGCAAGCCAUCCCGUAACAAACAGGACCAGCUUUUCACCGAGCACAAACGAACAGUUAACAAAGUGUGCUUCCACCCCACAGAGGUGUAUAUGCUUCUCAGUGGUUCCCAGGAUGGCUACAUGAAAUGUUUUGACUUGCGCAAGAAAGAUUCUGUUAGCACAUUCUCAGGUCAGUCAGAAAGCGUUCGUGACGUCCAGUUCAGUAUACGUGAUUACUUUACCUUUGCUGCAACCUUUGAGAAUGGUAACGUUCAGCUGUGGGACAUCCGCCGGCCUGACCGCUAUGAGAGGAUGUUCACAGCCCACAAUGGGCCUGUAUUCUGUUGCGAUUGGCAUCCAGAGGACAGGGGCUGGUUGGCAACAGGGGGUCGAGACAAGAUGGUGAAGGUUUGGGACAUGAACACCAACCGGGCCAAAGAGAUCUACUGUGUGCAGACAAUAGCCUCUGUGGCAAGGGUCAAGUGGCGCCCGGAAUGCAAGCACCACAUUGCCACGUGCUCUAUGAUGGUGGACCACAACAUCUACGUGUGGGACAUACGGCGCCCUUUCAUCCCCUCGGCCAUGUUUGAGGAGCACAAAGAUGUCACCACGGGGAUCGUGUGGCGUCAUCUCCAUGAUCCUUAUUUCCUCCUGUCCGGCUCCAAGGAUAGCACCCUUUACCAGCAUAUCUUCAAGGAUGCCAGCCAGCCUAUUGACCGGGCUAACCCUGAAGGGCUUUGCUACAGUCUCUUCGGGGACCUGGCUUUCGCUGCCAAGGAGAGCCUCAUCUCUUCUGAUUCUAACCGUAAGCCCUACAUCGGGGACCGGCGCCACCCUAUCUUCUUCAAGCGCAAGCUAGACCCCACGGAGCAGUUUGAGUUCAUCUCUUCUUCCAGCGCCCUAAGCGUCUUUGAAGCAGACACAGAAUGUGAUGCUGGUAGCAUGGACUGGUUCGUGCGAACCGCCAAGCAGUACGUGCUGACGGGGAGACCGCUGGCGGAGCUGUGUGACCAUAAUGCCCAAGUAGCCAAAGAGCUCAAACGCAACCAGGUUGCCCAGACGUGGACAAUGCUCCGGAUUAUUUACUCUAGUCCUAGCACCAUGCCCACUUCAAACUUAAAUCACAGCAUAGGAAAGAGUAGCUCCAGCCUUCCACUCAUGAAUAGCUUUAACUUGAAAGAUAUUCCCUCUGGGAUAGGCAGUGAGUCAAGGCUGGAGCGGAACAAGGGAGAGAGCCGCCCUGAAAACAUUCUCAUGGACUCUUCUUCUACCCUGAUCAAUAACGAUGAGAAUGAAGAGACUGAAGGCAGUGAUGUCCCUGCAGAUUAUCUCCUUGGGGAUGUGGAAGGAGAUGAAGAUGACCUGUACAUGAUGGACCACGAAAACCCCCACACUGAGGAGCAAGAGUACAUCCUUCCCCAGGAGGCCUUUCCUUUGCGUCAUGAGAUUGUGGACAACCCAUCUGCACUGGACCACCUGCAGGACAAAGCAGACUCCCCCCACGUCAGCGGCAACGAGGCAGAGACUGUUUCCCUGACGCCUGUGGAAUCUUUCUCUCUCAUCUCCAUCUCUCACUCUCUGUAUGAGAACCGCCUGCCUGCCGACUUCUUCAGCUCCAUUGUCCGUGACAUGCUGCUCUUCUAUGCUGAGCAGGGGGAUGUGCAGAUGGCUGUGUCCGUGCUGAUUGUGCUGGGGGAUCGCAUCCGGAAGGAGAUUGACGACCAGGCACAGGAACACUGGUACACAUCCUACAUUGACUUGCUGCAGCGCUUCCAGCUGUGGAACAUCUCCAACGAGGUGAUCAAACUGAGCACGUGCAGAGCCAUCAACUGCCUCAAUCAGGCGUCCACCACGCUGCACAUCAAUUGCAGCAAUUGCAAACGACCUAUGAGCAACAAGGGCUGGAUUUGUGACAGGUGUCGGCAGUGUGCCAGCAUGUGCGCCGUGUGCCACCAUGUGGUGAAGGGCUUGUUCGUGUGGUGUCAAGGCUGCAGUCAUGGAGGCCAUCUGCAGCACAUCAUGAAAUGGCUGGAGACCAGCUCUCAUUGCCCUACAGGAUGUGGUCACCUCUGCGAAUACACCUGAACCGAAGGGAACCUGUGUCUGCUGGAAAGCAAAACGCAGCCCAGUGGCUGCUUAGAACCGGCACUGAAAGCUUCUUUGUGGGAGGCUUUAAAGCCAUCGUUAUUGUUGUCCUGGACGGCUGCAUGAGAGAGUGUAGUGGGUUGGACGCUUUGAAGGGAAGGUACCUUCUUUGCUUCACGACAAGCGGUGAAAUUUCUAAUACUCAGGGGAUUCUUCUGGAAAACUUCACCUGGUCACGUUUAUUUAUUUUUUUACAGCUGUAUAAACUUUUUAUUAUUAUUAUUAUCAUGAUUCUACACAAACCUACUUCUUAAGGUCAAGAUGGCAACGAAGUGCUUCUGACCCAUUUUUAUACUGAAUUAAAAGAACAAAGCGAACUUUA